AUGCCGGGCCAAGGUCUGUGUUGUGGCAGCCUGGAGCAGCCCAAACCCCUGAUGAAGAUGGGGCUGACGGUGAUCCUGAUCGGACACGUCAACUUCAUGUUGGCGGCGCUGGUGCAGGGCGUGGUGCUCCGACACAUCAACUUCCAGAAGCAUCACCGCACCCUGGAGUACGCCAUCUCCACCGUGGUGACGCUGACCGCAGGACUGCUGGGAAUUCUCGUCGGCAUUCUCACCAUUGUUCUGGCCAAGAACAGGAAGAGCAGAUGUCUGUGUUGUGGCAGCCUGGAGCAGCCCAAACCCCUGAUGAAGAUGGGGCUGACGGUGAUCCUGAUCGGACACGUCAACUUCAUGUUGGCGGCGCUGGUGCAGGGCGUGGUGCUCCGACACAUCAACUUCCAGAAGCAUCACCGCACCCUGGAGUACGCCAUCUCCACCGUGGUGACGCUGACCGCAGGACUGCUGGGAAUUCUCGUCGGCAUUCUCACCAUUGUUCUGGCCAAGAACAGGAAGAGCAGAUGUUUGACCUGGACCGUGUUUGUGCUCAGUCUGACCGCGGCCAUCCUCGCCGGGAUUUCUGCCUUGGGUCUGUUUAUCGCCGUGGUGAUGGCCAUCAAGCAAAACGGACGCAUCCUCCUCAGUCACUGCCGCUUCCCCGACGCCAUCGGCUACUCCAGCAUCACCAACGAGUGCCCCUUCGACCCCACCCGCAUCUAUAGUACCACGCUAAUCCUGUGGGUGCCUCUGAUCGUCACGUCAGUGGUGCAGAUGGUCUUCACGUCUCGGUGCUUCGGGGUUUGCCUGUUCUUCCUCGGGCUGCCCUGCUGCUGCUGCUGUCGUCGUAGCAGCAAGACGUUAGGCCGAUCGAUCAAUGCUGUGACCCCACUGGCCCCUGAACCUGCCCUUCGCCCCUUGCCUCAAAUCAGCACUUCACUCCCAUCGAGUCGCCUGCCUUCCCAAAGACGCUCCACCAGCACCACCAGUCCUCCUUUAGAACCCGCUCCCCUCGGGCGCAUCAGCCAGACCCCCUCGCACCGCUCUGCCCCAGGUCUGGUCCUGUACACAGAGAGCCCCGUACGCCUCAGCUCCAACCGCUCCCACUCCAGUGAACCGGACGGCACUUCCAGACCGCGGCGGGACGGCUCCAAGGCCCAAAGCAGGUCCCUUCCUCCUCCUCGCUAUGCUCCCCGACCGCAACCGUACAGCAGCGCGGGCUCUUCAGAGAGGCCGCUGUCGUCGCUGGUCAAAGCUCAGGACAGGACCCAGCUCCCAGCACCCAGCCCCAGGACCAGACAGAGACCAGAGGAGCAUCAGCUACUGGGCAGACCACGGCAACCGCUGCAGAGGGGCGCCAUGGAGAGGACCAGCUUUUGGAUUUAG